UUCGACUCCUAGCAGAUGCCGUCCGAGAGCUGCGCAUCCCAGCGCGAGCCGAUAUGUAAGCGCGGUUCCCUUCCUCUAAUUUAAGCAGACGAAUGAAGCAGCUAGGAGCAUGUCUGAAGAUGAAAACUGUGAGGGAAGUGAGCCGACGUAUGAUACAACUGACUUUGAUGCAUCUCAGUCAGUGUCCAUAAAAGUCGAAUAUUACAGAUCAUUUGAGUACACCCUGAACUGGCCAGCGACCAUGUCUCUCCGACGACCCUCCAGACUCCAAUUCCCCCAGAAAAGUCCUGCAUCAGACGAAGAUGUGGCUCGGCCUCGCCGUCGGAGCCGGAGACGAAGGCAGCGGUUGGACGAGACCCAGGCAGAUGUGAGCGAGGAAGGUGACAUCAUCGACCUCAUCGCCAGUCACCCUUUUGCCAAGGAAGGGGCGGCGAGGAUGGCUGUUGGCACGCUCAGUUAUGGACUGGAUAAGUCAAACGACGAAAGUGGCUCUGAAAGCAGCAACAGCAGCAUAGUUUCCGGCCCGUCCACUCUGUGCUGCGAUUACAGAGACGAGUUUUACAGUGACCUUUGCUCGGCUUGCCACAAUCUCUACAAGAAGGCUAAACGUUUGAAGGCGCCGAUCAGAAGCAAACUUCUAGAUAACGAUCCCAAGUCUCUGACCUGUGACCAAUGGGUUCUGAUGAAAAGAUGGAAGCCUAAAGGACGACCUGUUGCCAGACAGAAGUCGUUAAGUCACAUUCAGCUGGAUGAUGGAAUCGUUGUGAGACGAGGAGAACAAUCCUCACCCUGUUCCAGGCCGCACAUUUUCCUCAAGAGGAACCUGAGACGGGCCAGUUCCAUGGCAGAAAAUCAGAAGAAGAAAGAGAGGAGGAGGAAGAGGACCGGUCGUUCUCAAGGUUCCCGCGUAGCUAAGCAGCAGCGUCUCCAAAACAACAGUUUGCACCAGCACACAAAUUCAAAAGGCUUGGUCGACAACCCCAACAGGAGCUUUGGCAGCGGCAGCGACCUCAGAGAUCAAAUAAGUCCAGAAACGGAGGGUUGUUCUAAGAGCGGUGUGACUGGACUCGUUCCGUCAUCAGGGGCCCGGAAGGCCCCAGCACCGGCGGCGGUCCAAGCUGCGAUGAGAGCACCGAAGAAGACGUGCGAGUUCAGAGAUCUUCUCGUUCAGCUGCGGGGGACCAGCAGCAUGAUCAUCAGAGAAACAUCCUAACAACACGGAGUCUUUAUCGAGGGCCUCUGAUUAUUUAAACUUUAUGUUUUUGAAGUGUUGUUUGAGUUUGCUAACUAAUUCUGCUGGAUUUGUUUUCCUUAAAGAAUCGUUGCAGUUCCAUCAACUUUUCGUGCUCAUUUAUUUCUUGUUUUAUUUUGCUAAAAGUAAAUUGAAAUUCCCAUGCAACUUAACUGUGAAUAAUAAAUGUAUUUAAACAUUUUUA